AUGCCUACCGUUCCUCUUUCCGGGGCGGGGCAGCUUAUUGCUCUGAAAGCUGCCCUUUUGCCCCCGCACACACAGCAGCAACAGCUGCAGCAGCAGCCGCAGCAGCAGCAGCAGCAGCAAUGCUACGACAUUGGCCUCCACCCACUUGCCUGUAGCGACGGCACAGCAGCAGCAGCAACAGCAGGGGCAGCAGCAACAGGAGCAGCAGCAACAGAGAAGCAGCUGGCUCAGUGGUCUUUCUUGUCUUUGUCUUUGCCCUGUUCAUGCUGCUGCACGCCUCCACCGCAGCACCUGCUGCAGCCGCUGCCGUGCAGCAGCAGCAGCUUUGCUGCUAUGCAGCUGCAGCCUCAGGAUCUGGUUGCUGCUACCUUUAGCUGCUGCGUGCAGCAGCUAAAGAAAGAUAAAUUUAUACCCCUCAACCCGAACCGUAUGUGGAAGCCAGUAAGAAAAAGAAUAUAUAAACAUCAGUGCUGGCAGUACGCCAAUACCCUGGUGCAGCAGCAGCUGCUGCUGCAGCAGCAGCAGCUGCAGCAGCAGCAGCAGCAGGUACAGCAGCAGCAGCAGCAGGUACAGCAGCAGCAGCAGCCGCAAAUGCUGCAGCAGCAGCAGCUGCACAACGGGCCGAGACAGAUCGAACCGAGUGUAACACCAUCCAGUGCAGCACUUGCAGCAGCAGACUCACCGUCUGAACCAGCAGCAGGCUCCGCUGCUGCUGCUGCUGCUGCCGCUGCUGCUGCUGAGCUGGCAGCGAAUGGAGUAGAUGUUGCUGCGCUGCAGCAGGUGCUGAUCCGCGAAGUGUGCGGCCGAUUUUUUGUUUGGUUUUACUUCGAUGCGGUGAGGAAGGUGCUUGCUGCUCCCUGCAGCAGCAGCAGCAGCAGCAGCAGCAGCAGCAGCAGGAAGGCGAGUAAGAGCAGAAGCGUGUCAGUGACGUCUGAGUGGAUAGAGUGCUGCUACUCCUCGCUGCUGCAGAUCCCUGCUUGGAGGUUUGCUGCUUAUCUACCCUUCUGCUGCUCUCCCCACCCUGAUGAUGCUGCUGCUGCCGCUGCUGCUGCUGCUGCUGCUUCCACUGCUGCUGCGGCGCGCUGGCAGCAGCAGCAGCACGAAGAAGCUGUGAGCCCACCAGUGCAGCAGCUAACAGAAAUGUUUGAUUUAGAAGAGCUGCUGAAAGCCGCCAGCUGCUGCAGCGACUCUGAUACAGAUGCAGCAGAACCAGCAGCAGCAGCAGCAGCGGCAGCAGCAGCAACAGCUCCAGCAGCAGCAGGGGCAGAUGCAGAUGCAGCAAACGCUACACCCGCACUACCAGCAGCUGCUGCUGCGACUCCGCCUGCCCAGAACAGAGCAGCAGCAGCACCUUCAGCAGCAGCAGCACAUGAGCUCGAGACAGAAGAUGCAGCAUCGACGGCACCAGCCCCUUCGGCUUCAGUUGCAGCAGCAGCAGCAGCAGAUGCAGCAGCAGCAGCAGCAGCAGACAGUGUCGGCCUCGCUAGAAGCCGCAGGUCUACCGUUGAUGCUUCUGCCCCGCCAACCCAACUGCUGCCGCACACGCAGCAGCAGCAGCAACAGCAGCAGCAGCAACCAGAGCAACAGCAAGUUCAGACCCUGCAGCCGCAGAAGCACCAGCAGCAACAGAAGCACAAGCAACACAAGCAACAGCAGAAGCAGAAACAAACCCAGCAGCAGCAGGAGCCUAAACAGACGCUGCAGCAGCAACAGCAGCAGCAGCAAGAGGCACAGCAGCAGCGUGGGAAGCGCAGCAGGAAGCGCAGCAGCAGCGACAGCACGGACAGCAGCAGCGGCAGCGGUAGCAGCAACACCAGCAGCGACAGCCGCAGCAGCAGCAGCAGCAGCAGCAGCAGCAGCGGCAGUGCAGGCAAGCGGCAACGCCUCUCUUCAAAGCGUGUGGACGGUGCAGCAGAAGAAGCGGAAGCAGCAGCAGCAGAAGCAGUAGCAGCAGAAGCAGCAGCACCAGAAGCCGCAGAAGCAGCAGCACCAGAAGCUGCAGAAGCAGCAGCAGCAGAAGCAGCAGAAGUAGCGGCACCAGAAGCAGCAGCAGCAAAAACCGCAACGGCAGCAGCAGAGGGCAGCGGUGAUGAAGUUGCUGUUAUAGUCUCAGACGAAGAGCUGCCUCGCAUACUGCAGCAGCAGCAGGAGCAGCAGCAGGAGCAACAGCAACAGCCACAGCAGCAGCAGCAGCAGCAGCAGCAAGACAGCGACGAGCCCCUUCCCUUGUUUGAGCAGGAAGGGUCUCCCACUGAAGACGCAGCAACAGCACAGGACACCAGCAGCAGCAGCAGCAACAGCAGCAGCAACAGCAGCAGCAGCAGCAGCACGAGUUUGCUGGAGUUGUUGGGCAGCAGCAGCGCCCAGAUGAUAACAGAAGCAUGCAGAGGGGCUGAGGCAGCAGCAGCAGCAGGUCUCAGCAGCAGCAGACGCAGCAGCUUGUGCAGCAGCCGCACCCUCUCGCCUUAUAGAGCUCUCUUCCCCUCUAGCAAUUCGCUGCUACCGCUGCAGCAGCAGCAGCAGCAACAGCAGCAGACGCAGACGCAGACGCAGCAGCCGAAGAUGUGGCAGCGGCUGCAGCAGGAAGUUAAGGAUGUGUUCAAUGACGCUCAUGCAAGCAGCAGCAGCAGCAGCAACAGCAGCUCUCGCAGAGCUUCUGCUGCGGCGACAGAGACUGCCACUGUAACACCAGCAGCAGCAGCAGCAGCAGCAACAGCAGCAGCAGCAGCAGAGGCAGCAGCGCCUGAUUCCCCUGUGCUGCUGAAGCACGGAAUGGAGACGCGUCAAGAGCGUAGAGCAGCAACUGCAGCAGCAGCAGCAGCAGCAGCAGCAGCAAAAAGCAGCUUGUUUCCUGCGUCUGCAUCUGCUGUAGCAGCAAAAGCUUUCCUGUCUCAGGUUGAUCAGCGCCUGCAGCGGCUGCAGCAGCAAAGCCAAACAGCAGCAGCACAAAAGAAACAAACCCCUGCAGCAGCAGCAGCAACAGCAGCAGCAACAGCACUUCCUUCUGCUGCUGCUGCACAACCAAACUCUACGCCUGCUGCUGCGCCCGCAUGCAAGAAUAUGGAAGGCAAGAGCAGCAGCAGCAGCAGCAGCAGCAGCAAACAGAGCGUCAGCAACAAACCCAGCAGCAGCAGCAUCAAACCCAGCAGCAGCAGCACCAGCACCAGCAAACCCAACGUCGGCAGUAAAGCGAGCAGCAGCAGCAAAACCAGCAGCAGCAGCAAAACCAGCAGCAGCAGCAGGUUGCCUCGCCUCGGCCUCUCACGACCUACGCCGCAACCGCGAAGGGCAGCAGCAGUAGCAGCAGCAGCAAAACUCUCUAGAAGUACAUCAGCUCUUCCUCGGCUAAAGCAGCAACAGCAGCAGCAGCAACAGCAGCAGCAGCGACGUCGCGGCAUGAGCAGCAGCGCUCUUCCUUCUGUGGGUGCUUCGUCUUCGUAG